AUAGCACGCUACACCCUGUUGCGAGUCUCUGUCUCCGUCCCUCUUUUCUCUCUCGUCUUCUCCCCAUCUGUGAUCGAGCUCUUCCGCUCUUUCUGUGCUUUUUCCCAGAAUUUUGAGACAUUUGGUUUCGAGUGUUUCUGAAUCUCAAGCUCACAAGUUAACUUCCCUUUUGAUUUUUUGCCAAACCAAGGUAGACUAAAAGGAUUCCUAUUUUGCAAACUCAGUCUUUCAACUAAAUGCGUGCAUUGAAGGAUAUGACUUGAUCUGGAAGAUUUUCCAGUGAAUAAUUCAAGCUGGGCUGGGAUAUCCUUUCUAAACAAGUUCGAGAUGUUCCUUCAUUCAUGUAAUGAAGGGUUCCUCUGAAAGGAUUGUUAGUUCUAAACAUUCUUCAAUUGAUUCUCCAAGAACAGUUGCUACCUCAACUUCUUCAGAGGCAGGACCAAGCAGCCAUAGCAUCCACAAGACCUCAGUGUGGUCAGGCUUCUUGGUGUCUGCUUUUGCCAUCUUUAACAGUUACAGCGAGCCUAGAGGUAAUAAAGUUUCCUCUACAAAAAACCUUGGAUGGACUACAGCCUUGAAGAGAGUAGUAAAUAGUGGCUCAAUGAGGAGAAUACUAGGACUAAAUAAGGCUGGCAUUUCUAGCUCAAGGAGCGACAUAUGGCUUCUAGGUACCUGUUACAAAGUCACUGACAAUGACUCAAUAACUGAUCCUAGUCAAUCUGAAGGAUUUGCUUCAUUUGUAGAAGAUUUCUCGUCAAGAAUUUUAAUCACAUACCGCAAAGGAUUUGCACCUAUAGGGGACUCUAAGUAUACCAGUGAUGCUAGCUGGGGUUGCAUGCUAAGGAGUAGUCAGAUGCUUGUUGCUCAGGCCUUACUUUGUCAUCAAUUAGGAAGAUCAUGGAGGAAAACUGUGGACCAGCCAAUGGACCAAAAAUACAUAAAGCUAUUGCACAUGUUUGGUGACUCUGAAUUGUCAGCUUAUUCCAUCCACAAUCUUCUUGAAGCUGGCAAGAAUUAUGGUCUUUCUCCUGGCUCAUGGGUUGGCCCAUAUGCAAUGUGUCGUACUUGGGAAACAUUAUAUCGCAGUAAGAAACAUGAUACUCCAGAUGAAGAUCUUUCAUCGGUGAUUGCUAUAUACGUUGUUUCUGGUGAUGAAGAUGGAGAAAGAGGUGGGGCUCCUGUCAUUUGCAUUGACGAUAUAACUACACAUUGUGUUGAGUGCUCGAAAGGCCAAGUUAAUUGGCUGCCAAUCAUUUUGUUGGUUCCUUUGGUUCUUGGACUGGAUAAACUCAAUACAAGGUACCUUCCUUUGCUGGGAGCUACAUUCUGUUUUCCUCAGAGCCUUGGCAUAUUGGGAGGCAGCCCUGGAGCUUCAACAUAUAUUAUCGGCUUGCAAGAUGAUAAUGCAUUUUAUCUUGAUCCACAUGAAGUUCAGCAGGUUGUCGAUAUUACGAGGGAUAAUCUGGAAGCUGAUACCGCCUCUUACCAUAGCAACAUUCUGCGACAUAUUCGUCUCGACUCACUAGAUCCAUCCUUAGCAAUUGGAUUCUAUUGCAGAGACAAAAGUGACUUUGAUGAUUUUUGUGUACGGGCCUCAGAGCUAGCAAAUCGAUCAAACGGUGCUCCACUGUUUACAGUGACACAGUCCCGUAAAUCUUCCUACCCUUCCCGUCACAAUGAUAACAUCAAUAAUAAUGCUGAGUUUCCACUACCUGGCUCCUACGAUAUGGUGCCCGAAGGUGAACCAGAAGGUUGUGCACAUGAAGAUGAUUGGCAACUUCUUUGACUUAACCUCUGGGGGUUAUAGAGACCAAAUCAAGGUUGCGAAAUUGUAUGUAAGCUCUCUUAGUCCAUUUAUCUGCAUGCGCAACCCCAAUUAGUCCAUUUAUCUGCAUGCGCAACCCCAAAUUCUCCUGAUUGGGAUCCCAAUAUAUACGGCCAGGAGCACGAUCUGUUCCCCAAAAGAUGUAACAUGUAACGUAGUUUUGGACUGCAUUAACUAUGCUUGUUCAGAAUCCAUAUGUUAUCACAGAAGUAAAAUUUUAGAUGGAUGUUGUAAGCUAGUGAAGGUGCAAUUCAUUCUUUUGUUCAAUGAAUCAUUGUAUCCCGUGUGGUGCUUUCGUUCAAA